GCAGAGCAUGUUGGGAUCUCACGAGCGAAAUGUCAGAUAUUGUCAUAUUGAGCACGGUAGCCCCUUUCGCCCCCUCAUCUGUCUGUCUAUUCUUCCCUUGCAGCAGCCCCCAGAAGCAGAAUCACACCCAGGCCUCAUGCCUCAUGGGCCAGGCCCAGCCUUGCUCUACCCGGCAUGGCCAGCUCUCAGCAUCCCUCCAGCCCCUUGGGCAUCUGGGAAUAUCGUUGCACUGGAGCACAACUACUGCAGCUGGCCAGGUGCUGAGGGCUGCAUGCGAAGAGCACCCAGCUUGGAGAGAGUGGGGCCGGCCUCAGUCAGAAGGAGACGGCAAACACACCAGGGCCCAGGCUACAAAGCUAGUCAGGGACCCUGGGCCUCUAUGCUCCCCGGACCCACAACAGCCAGCAUCUUCUGCAGCCACCAGCCCCUCAGGGUGAGGAGGAGGGCAAAGGCCCAGGCUGUUCAGCCACUCCGGAUCCAUGGCCUGUCCCUGGACCAGUACCAGCAGCUGUUCCGCUCACUGGUGGAGCAGGAGCUGGGUCCAGCAGAGCCCCCAGGCCGUGGGCUAGAGUGGGGCCGCAGGAUCAAAGAGCAGCUGUUCUACGCUGUGGGCUGCCCCCGCUACCGGCAGCUGGUAGGGCCCGACGGGCAUGUCCGGGUGGUGGAGUAUGCUCACCGCACUGGGCACAGGCAGGCCCCACCCCACUAUGACAUUGACACUGGGGAUGAGGAGCCACCUGGCACCAAGGAGGCACCAGGCCCAGCUGAGCCUUCGCCCUAAGAGGCCAAUCCUGCAGAGCCCGGCUGGGCUGAGCCACACCCAGGCAAACCUCUGUCAAUUACACUAUGAACCUGGCAGCGUGUGAUCUAUGUCCUGUCUGUUGUGAAGGGACCCAGGUGGAGCUGAGUCUGGGUCAAGCCAGGUCAUUGUUCCCAGCCCUGGGUUUCUUGAUUGCCCUUCCAGGCAUGGACUCCAUGGGGCUCCGCAGUCCAGCUGCCCUCGCCCCCAGAACUGAUGCCCCAGACCUCCUGAACCCCUAGUCACUUACACACACAUCCCCCUGACUGUGGGUGCUCUGGGCUUCUAGUUU